UUUUGACUUUCACUUUUUGACUUCCGAAGAUUUUAUUUUUUUAAAGUCGACAUAAAAUGCCAUGUUAAAACCUGAGUCACAUUUUUAUGGCAUCUUGUUAGCCUUUCAUCCGUUCCUCUGUAGCUCUGCUGUUGAUCUGAUCAGAAGGACAUUUUUUUUUCUGCUUUUUCUUUUGUCAUUUUAUUCAGCUGAGCACAGUUAGACUGAUGAGGAGGUUCGCUGUCUGCUUACAUAACUUCCUGCUCUGCUGCAUACCUGUGCCUGCCACAGCUUGCCUGAUCAUGAACAUUCCUGUGUGAUAAGAAUGUUAGAAUGAUAUGGCGAACUAAGCAGAAUUUGGACUACAGCUUCCUCAUGCUGUACGCGCAGGACAAAGGAACAUACUAUGUUCAGUUGGAAGACGAUGUUUUUGCAAAGAACGGUUACUAUAGCGACAUGAAGGCAUUCGCCACACAGGCGUCUUCUAACGAAUGGCUCUACCUGGAAUUCUCCCAGCUUGGGUUUAUAGGUAAGAUGUUUAAGACCAGAGACCUUCCAAUGAUAGCCGAGUUCUUCUUCAUGUUCCACAAAGACAAGCCUAUCGACUGGUUGCUGGAUCACAUUCUGUGGGUGAAGGUUUGCAACCCAGAGAAAGAUAAUGUAAGUCUGCUGACCCCAACCAGAUCCCAACAGCUUUAA